GCUUCAGCUGUAAGAAGAAACAAGUGUAUGAACUCCUAGUAACUCAUACAACAGAGUCUGCAGCCUAGGAGACGGAUUACAAUAUCAAUCCUCAGACGGAACCCAGUUUUCCAUCACUCAUCAUCUCGGCUAUUCUGUGCUCAAUGUAACCUAAUGGUUGUCCGAAUUUAAAUGGAUUGUAAAGCUAACAUUAUGAAUAUUCCAAAAUUUUGCGUCGUAGCACAAUUUUUUCUUUAUCUUAACGUCUUUAAAGUAAACUUUGUGAGCUCAUCCGAGAUGGACGGUGAUAUUCCUGCAACCGAAGCGGCGUUUCUCAAUCCGACACGAGACAUGAUGACCAUUAAUAUGCACAGAGUUUAUGAUAAAUACAGCAAGAAACAUCAUCACCAUCAUCACGAACAACAGGACGUGAAUACGAUCAGAAGCUUCAGAGGCGUCCCAGAGUUCUCCCACCACAAAGUUUUGUUUGACUUCAACCUGACCUCUAUCCCUGAUUCGGAAGUGAUUCUGAAUUCAGUUCUACAUUUUCCUGACCAUCAAGCCCGUCAGCGGCCCUGGGCGUGUCGGCGUGCCCGCGGAGCUGCAUGUCGCCUCCAGACCCUUCAGCCACUAACCCUGUCGCAUCUCAUUAUUAAGGGCACAUCACCAAAUGCUGCCAUUCCCUCUCAACUGUCAAACAUCACAUUGUCGUCUAGCAGAAAGGGGCUUUGGCAGAUUGUGGAUGUAACAUCAGCCAUCAUACAAGCCCAGAUUCAGGGUGAGCUAUUGCUCACUGCCGAGUUUCACUUUUGGAACAGAUUCCAGAGACCCCAGGACCGCUUAUCUCAUCACAGUUUGCCAUUUAUUCUUGUGUAUACCAAUGACAUUGCCAUAACCGAACCAAACAGUGUUGCAGUGACUCUGCAGAGAUACAGUCCAUCUCAUGUGAGUGAUGAGAAGGCAACUAAACCUCACUCAACUUUGUUAAGUUCUAGAAUUAGGAGAGGUGUGGACCACAUCCAGAGUAAUUAUCUACCCGAUGUCCAGGAUAAUGAUCUGAAGAACAGGGAAUUAUGGGACAGUGUCUUUAUCGCAAAGAAACCCAAACCUUUACCAAAGGUCCAGGAGCAUCACGAGGGGUUGAGAGGAUCCCAGGAACUCAGCUUUGAUGAGAAGACCAUGAAAAAAGCUAGACGCAAGCAGUGGAGCGAGCCCCGAAUGUGUGCACGACGUUAUCUGAGGGUUGACUUUGCUGACAUUGGUUGGAGUGAAUGGAUAUUAGCUCCAAAAGCAUUCGAUGCAUACUACUGUGCAGGAACGUGUGGAUUCCCAAUUCCCAAGGUUGUUCAACCUUCCAAUCAUGCAACCAUUCAGAGUAUAGUGAGAGCUGUGGGCAUUAUCCCUGGUGUCCCAGAGCCGUGCUGCGUACCUGACAAGAUGAGCUCUCUGGCUGUGCUGUAUCUUGACACGAGCAGGAACAUGGUACUGAAGGUCUAUCCUAGCAUGUCUGUGGAGACCUGUGCCUGUCGAUAAACAAACCAGGCAGCCGAUGGACAGAUAAACAUAUACAUCACCCAUAAAAACACUAUGAACUGUGGGGGAGAACUGUACAUACUAAAGCACAUCAUAUGACAAAAAUGAACUUUAUUGCGUAUGCAAAUAAGACCUUAAAAUCAUUAUAGAAAAAUACAUUUCUAUACUUUUUCACUUUGAAUGACUUGUAUAUAAGCCUUAUUGUAACAUAAAAUAUUAAAACAGAAUGACAGAUGGAAAGUAAAAAUUGUACAUAAAUCAUUAAUAAUUGUAUGUGUCUGCAUAGAGGGACUUUCAGUUGGUUUGUAGUCUUGUUAAUGUUAGUAUGUGCAGAAUCUUGCAUGCAAAAAUAAAUCUCACAUCAUGUUAAAGGGAUAGUUCACCCCAAAAUAAAAAUUAGCAUAGAUUGUACUUAAUCCUAAAGGCGCAGGUGUAUAUGACUAUGUAUUGUCUUUCAGCCAGACGCAGUCAGAGUUAUAAUAAAUAAUAUAUCUUGCCUUUUUUAGCUCUUUAAUAGCAUUGGAUAGUGCCCCAUUUUUUCCAAGAAGCGCAUCCACCAUCCAAACUAAUCCAUAUGGUUAAAAGCACAUUACUUCAUCUCAGAAGACAUUUAAUAACUGUAUGGAUUAACUUUUGUAUGGAUGAAUGCGCUUUUUAGAGCUUAAAAUUGGGGCUAUCCAAUGCCAUUAUGAAGAGCAAAAAUAUUAUUUCAUAUAAGUCGAGUGUCUUAAAAAGUUAUAUGGCUUAAGAGUGAGUAAAAUAUAUGCUAAAUUUCAAUUUUAGGUGAACUUAUUUCUAACAUGGACACUAUGAAUAAUGUUUAAUAUAAUGCUGCCAUCUAGUGUUGCAUGACUUUCAUAGCGCUAGUACUACAUAUUAGCAUUUUAGUUUUUAACCUCCUCUGCUUUAAAACAGCUGGAUUGAAUAGUCAUAACAAAUAGUGUAAUAAAGUAAUUUUAUGAAUUAUGGAUUAAUUGUUGCCAUAGUUAGUAGUAAAGUUAAAACAAAUAUGUCUAGAAAGAUUUUGUAUGUUUUUAAAAAUAUGUAAGUUAUUUAUUUUUCAAUCUUUUUAUGAAUAUUACUUACAUUUUUGUAUGCAAAAUGUUUCUUUUUUAUAUUUUAUGCUAAAUCCUAUUGUAAUAUGGAUGAAUAAAGUAAGGGCAAAGGGCAGUUUCUUCUAAACUCAUU